UCUGCAGAUAGGAAGUGCCGCAGGAGCACCGAGGUAAGGAUGUGGCCCUGCGCGAGAGGGGCCUUCGCGUUCUCCUUCUCGGAUCUCGCUCCCAGGCCAUCAGUACCGACGUCUCCGCUCUCCGCGAGGCAGCUCGGCUCCCCGGUGGGUGGAAAACCUGCCGGCCUCAGCCGGGCUCGGGGGAACGAUGGAGGGCGCCGGCGCUGCGUAGGCCCUACCGUCCCCGCGCCUUCGCCCCCUGCCCACCCGGCCCUCCCUCUCCCGCCCCGGCUAAAUGGCCUCACCAGGGGGCGAAGAACUCGACAAGCAUGAGGCCUGCAGAGCCCGUGUCGGAGAUGCGACUCUCGAAGUUGUCGUCCGUGAGUUCCAGCACGUCAGAGGCAGCGGCGAGGCGGGCCGCGGCGAGGAGCAGCGCCAGGCCCGGGAACAGCGCUAGGCGGCGGAGGCGCAUGGCGACUACACAUGGCCACUUAUCACCCAGUAGGACACAUGCAACUGCCCCGGGCUGAUGCCAUUCGUUCCCGACUCAUUGAUACUUUCUCUCUCCUUGAGCAUCUGCACGGCUUGAGCCAAGCUGUGCCACGGCACACUAUUCGAGAGAUACUUGAUCCUUCCUGUCAGAAGAAACUUAUGUUGGGAGAUCAACACCAGCUUGUGCGCUUCUCCAUAAAGCCUCGUCAUGUAGAACGGAUUACACAUGCCCAGAGACUGAUGAGCACCCUUCGAGUGCGCUACAGCGAGAGUCCACCGCUUUCCUUGUGGGCUGGAUGGGUCCUUGAGUGUCCUCUCUUCAGAAACUUUAUCAUCUUCCUCAUCUUUCUGAAUACAGUUGUACUGAUGGUUGAAAUAGAAUUGCUCGAAUCCUCAAAUACCCAACUGUGGCCACUGAAGCUGACUUUGGAGGUGGCAGCUUGGUUCAUCUUGCUUGUUUUCAUCUUGGAGAUCCUUCUUAUGUGGCUAUCCAGCUUUUUCCUCUUCUGGAAGAAUGCCUGGAAUGUCUUUGACUUUGUUGUCACCAUAUUGUCCCUGAUUCCUGAGGUUGUGGUGCUGGUAGGGGUAACAAGCCAUUCCGUAUGGCUCCAGUUGCUGAGGAUCUGCCGGGUGCUAAGGUCUCUUAAACUCUUUGCACGAUUCCGUCAAGUUCGAGUCAUUAUUUUGGCCCUGGUCAGGGCCCUCAAGAGCAUGACCUUCCUCUUGAUGUUGCUGCUCAUCUUCUUCUACAUUUUUGCCGUGGCUGGUGUCUACUUCUUCGAGAAUUACACCCGUUCAACUCGCCAGGACCUGGAGUAUCACAUGUUCUUCUCGGACCUGCUGAAUUCUGUAGUGACAGUGUUCAUUCUCUUUACUAUGGAUCAUUGGUAUGCACUGCUUCAGGAUACCUGGAAGGUGCCUGAAGUCAGCCGUACCUUCAGCAGCAUCUAUGUCAUCCUCUGGUUGUUACUUGGUUCCAUUAUCUUUCGAAACAUCAUAGUAGCCAUGAUGGUUACUAACUUUCAGAAUAUCAGAAAUGAGCUGAACGAGGAGAUGACACACCUGGAGGUGCAGCACAAAGCCGACAUAUUCAAGCGGCAGAUUAUCCAGAGGAGACAAAACCUAAUCCCUGAGGCACAGAGGUCAAGCAUUAGCAAAAUGGAUGCCAGAGAUGCCAAUCAACAAGGGGAAUCUUUGGACUUAACAGAAGCUUCUAAAGAAGAGUCCAAACACAGUGCCACUAAAGAGAGUUCAAGAGCAUCUAAGUCAAAAACAAAGAAGUCCCUGUCAAAAGUGAAGAACUCUGCAUCUUCCUCUUCCUCCUCAUCUUCAUCUUCCUACUGUUCCUCCUCUUCUGGCUCCAGAUAUUAUGACCCUAUUGGUCAGUUGGACUGGGAGACUCAUGUGCACCAGAAUCUGCCUGGGCUAAUGGAUAUGGAUCAGGAUGAACGUGUUGUUUGGCCUAGGGACUCACUCUUACGAUAUUUUGAGUUGCUAGAAAAGCUGCAGUAUAACCUAGAGGAGCGUAAGCGGUUGCAAGAGUUUGCAGUGCAGGCACUGAUGAAUUUUGAAGACAAGUAA